AUGCGAGCCCCGAAGGCUUUCAGCCCGUGGCGCCCUCUCAGUCUGCAGCAGCAGCGUCCACCCGGGUUCCUAACCGGAAACCCAGACGUCGUCCUCGACGCCAACUUCCCACCAGCCCACAUCCCGUCCAGCGCCAUCUCCACUGUCACCAGCACCCUGGUUCAGGGCCCCCCUUUGGGCAUGUUGAAUCGCAGGCACAGUACCCUGUUGUGUCUCGAUGAGUGUUGUUUGUCGUCUGCCCUGGCCCACUACAACGCCAGGUCCGUGAGGGCAGGGACCUUGUCCAACUCGAGCCCUGCCAUUCCCGAGACCCUAGAAGAGGGCCUAAGUGAUUCCAACAAACAACUGGCGAGCAUGGAGUCCGGACCCACGACGUCCGCCCUGUUCCUGCUCUGCUGCGUGGGGAGCUGGCUGACCUCCCACACCUUUCCCGCUCUGGGACCAACCGAGAGAGGGAAGAUAUUCAAGGAAUUACGGUCCUUGUCAAAGACACUUUUGGAAGACUACGUGAAGGAGGAAAAGGGGGUGCCCACGUCCCAAAGUUACACGCUACCGUGUCUCAUCCCCGACGCCCAGCCACCAAACAACAUCAACAUCUCAGCCAUUCAGACAUAUCUCCAGACCAUCAGCCAGCUAAGAGAUACCACAACUAUGGGUGAAAUCAUAGAACAUCUUGACAAACUCAAGUUUCAAGAUGGAUCAAAAACAAACAUUUCCGCGCCUACAGGCACCCUUGAACAUAAGCGCUUCAUCUUGACGAUCUUAACACAGUUUUCGGAGUGCAUGGAACUGGCAUCGAAACUAUCUAAACUCUGA